AUGUUGAGAAGUACAUUAAAAUCAACGGUUCGCACAUCGGGCUUUUUAGCGACCAAAUUACAAAACAACUUUUCCACGCAAUCAACUAACCUCGCCGCUUAUGGUUUCAUCGGUUUAGGUCAGAUGGGACAACAUAUGGCAAGACACAUCUAUGAAAACUUGGAUGAAGGUGACACCUUGUAUGUUUACGAUACCAACCCGGUAGCUGCUGCCAACUUUGUUGAAACAGUCACUACGCAAACCCCGCAAAACAACGAGAAACUAAAAGUAUACCCAGAUCUCAAAAGUUUCACGGACCUGGGAAACGAGGCUUUGGAUUUUAUUGCCACUAUGGUUCCAGAGGGAAAACACGUCAAAGCUGUUGUGGAGGAGCUUGUUGAGAAUGCUGCUGCCAAUGGCAAUCCUAAUUAUCAAACCACGAUUAUUGACUCAUCAACCAUCGAUAUUCCCACAAGCCGUGCUGUUCACGAAUACGUUAAACUGAAGCUUCCGAACUUUGAUUUUAUCGAUGCUCCAGUCAGCGGUGGUGUUGCCGGCGCAAGAAAGGGAACAUUGUCCUUCAUGCUUAGUAGAAACACUCAUGAAGAUGUCUCACCUGCACUCACAACACUCUUGAACAAAAUGGGUAAAAACAUCUUCCCUUGCGGUGCCCAACAUGGUACUGGUCUUGCUGCUAAGCUAUCAAACAACUACCUCUUGGCCAUUACCAAUUUGGCCACUGCAGACUCUUUCCAAUUAGCCAAGGCUUUUGGAUUGAACUUGCAGAACUAUGCAAAAUUGGUUGCUGUCUCCACAGGGAAAAGUUGGGCUUCAGUUGACAAUUGCCCCAUCGAAGGUGUUUAUCCUGAAAACAACUUACCUGCUGAUGUUGGUUUUCAAGGUGGUUUCAUCACCAAGUUGACCAGAAAAGAUGUCGUGUUAGCCACUGAUUGUGCUAAGGAGCAAAACAGAUUUCUCUUCCUCGGUGACAUUGGAAGACAAUGGUACGACAAGGCCUGUGAAAGAGAGGAUAUUGCUCAAAGAGAUUUAGGUGUGCUUUACGAAUGGCUCGGGGACUUGGAACAAAGACCAAAUGGUGACAUUGUUGACGUCAAACAAUAA